AAGGUCUUUAAAUGUGUGUGUGUUUUAACUUUGAGAUGGAGAGGUACUUUGCCUGUGAAUGCAGUACCUGGCAUGGGAAGUUUGUGAUUAAGCUGUUGUUGUGGAUUAUGGUGCUGUGGAAUCUCACAUGGAUCUCUCUGCAAUGUUAAUAAUCCACCGGAUUAUCAUUUGUUGCUGUUGGGGCUAUAGCUUGACCCAGUGCAUGACAAAACUGAUCUGACAAAAAACAACUGAUUCAUGAAUAUUCAACUUUCAUUCUGGUGGAAAAUCCACAAACAAGUUUACAUUUUCUAGUAGGGCAAGAACUUCAAAUGUUAGUGUAGUGGAGGUCACAAGCAACCUUUUUGGAGUGGUUAUUCAUGCUCUUAUAUCCUUUUAAAUAGGGCGUGCUUAUAUUCUGAGAGCAGGCUGGGUGAUAGGAGAGGUGCAGUGUGGACUUUGCAUGUUUAUCCAUAACCAGCCACAUCUUGUCUUAUCAGGCACACAUGCUGUAUAGGACCACUCUCUCUUUAACAGUUCCUCAGCAACACAGCUGAGAACUGUAGGAUUCACAGCACGUGGUCUAUCUCAAAUAACACAUUUGAGCCACAGGGCAGGGUAAAAAAUAAAAUCUGUAAAACAAAGGAGGCAAGCACCUUGCACUGAAACUUGCACCCAGUGACACAUCAACCCAACCUGGGUGUUUGUCAGACAAAGUGUUGCAUAAGCAAAGCUGCUUUGUUUAAAAAAUAUUAUCUGGACUGCUUUGUUUCAGCGUGAUAUAUACUUCUACCAGAGCAAUGUCCUAUCAGAAAUACUAACACCUUGUCUGUUACCUACAUGGUGUGUUCUUUCUUGAUGAUGUUGCAUUUCCUCUCAUAAAAGCCACUGUGAUUAUAUAUCCUUGGCACAGUUUCCUCAGCAUGCCCUGCCUAGCUUCAGUUCUAGUUUGCACCAUCCCUGAUAACACCAAUAAACCUUUGAACCUCAAGUCCUGAGUCACAUCUUCAGGCUAUCACAGGAGUGCGUUAAGUGCAUAUGCGUGCCUGCAAGAGAACAGGGAACAAACCGCAGGAGUAUUCACUCGAGACGCCCUCCAGCAUGUAACAACAGCCACUAAAAAGUACCGAUGGAGUCUUUCUCUGGAGAUACAGAAGGAAGCACCGAGGACAUUCCAGGACGUAAAAAGUCCAAACUCAAGUCUCUGAAAAAUCGUCUCUUCGGGAGGAGUAAGAGAAGAGGUGGAGAGGGAGAUGCCAAACUCAGCCAGUCAGCCAGUGACAUUACUGCAGAAAAGGGACCCGGAUCCGAGGAAGAUUUGGCAUGCUCCGAGGGGAUGAUGGGCUCGCGGGCAUUGUCCGCAGACAGCAUCUUUCUGGCUGAUCAGGUCCUGACAGACACCGAGCCAGCUAGGGUCUUAUCCCAGGAGAAUGUCCAUAGCAAAAUCAAAGCUCUGCAGAUUAAGCUUCAGCAGCAGAAGAUGCAUUUGGGGCCGCCGCCUCUGGUUCUGCCAGUCAGACGUGCAGAGGAUCUGGGAAGCCGCUCCGAGGAUGACGGUCUUCCCCAAAGCCUCCCCGAGAUCACAGGAGCCCUCAGCAAGACCACAUCCCAGCCGUCGUCUCGCCCACUCUCGCCCAUCCUCAAACCUGCGCCCAUCAUAUCUGUGCCCCUGACUCCGUCCCUCCCUUUGCCUCUUACUGUCCCCUCCAAUUCCUCUUCCUCUGUUGUUGAGCCGCCGUUGGACUUCAGCUCUCCAGCUCAGUUCACCCCCUGUCUGGAUACCUCUGCUGCACGACACCGGCUGUCUCUCAAGCCCAGAAACCAGAGGGCCAGCACCAGGAAGACAAUCAUUGCAAAUGACUCGAAUGAACUACAGUCUGACAUACAUGUCCGAAACAACAUCAACCGCCCUGAAUCUGUGAGAGAAGAAACGCAGCACCUUAGUACUCGAGAGGAGCAGACACUGGAAACAGAACAAGGAGGGGUUGCCAUUCCUAUUACAUCUCAGCGUCUUCCUUCAAAAUCCCCAGAGGUGGCACCAAUUACAUCAGAGGCGGUGCACAAAUCAUCCAGCCAAGCUGUUUCCCAACAGGACCAAGCUCUUCUUGGGAGAGUGCCCUUUGCACCCUCCCAGGUACUUAGAGUUAAGCCCCACAGACCAGCAGAUGUGAGGCCAAGUGAACAGCCACACUCAUCCUUUAUACAGUCAGAACUCAAAGACAACAGAGACAGGGAUUUUGAGAUACAAGCAAUGUCCCUUGACAAAAUAAAUACUCUGAACAAGGCUGGACUGACUGAUGCCUCCUGCGACCAGCUCUCCACUAACCUCAGGUCUUCCUCUGUCCAGCAGCAGGUUCAAAGUGAGACAGAAAGCACAAGGGGAAUAAGGAGACCCACCCCUGGAUCUGGGUCCUUCCAUCUCUCAAUCACUGCCAAAAACCAGGAUGGAGAAAGACCCCGAUCAGGCAGUUUUGUUGGAGUGCUGGAACACAUUGAGGCCACACACACGACAGUCUGGGGAACGGAGGAUAAACCCCCUUCAAGCACGAGGGAAAAGGAAGAACUAAGAGGGGGCCCCUUUGCUGUGGGAAGACUUAGACAAGAGGGAGGUCCACAUAAAAGUUCAGUACCAUGGGACAGGAAGGACAGCCUCAAACAAGUGGAAUCAGUGACACCAUCUCAAAAUGUGACCACAGAUACGAGCGCUGCAAAGGUGGAGGAGUUGGAGAGCAACCAGGAGGUGGUGGAGGAGGCAGUGGAAGCACAGGAGGUCGAGGACGACGACGGAAAGACAGCAUUUGGUGUUAAACUGCGCUCCACAUCUCUGGCGAUGAGAUUUCGGUCGGAUUCCUCUUCGACCCAUAGCUCUAAGCUACCAGUGUGUGAGGAGCAAUGUGACAAACUAAAAAGUCAGGAAAUAGGAGACCUUCGAUCAAAAGAUCCAACCCCGUGUGGCUUCUCCCUUCCAGUCAAGCAUAACCCGCUACCUACCGUCAACCCUCACACCACAGCAACAGAAGUCAAAACGACCUCCUCAAGCCCCAAAGAAGUUGAACCUUCCGUCCAGGAGCCCCAGCCUGCCCCCCAAACAGCCUCAUCUGAGGUGUCCUGGAUGAGCUUGGCAAUGUUAAAGACCAGAAGCCUUCAGCAGCUUUUUACUAGUAGAUUUCCCAGAGAUCUUACAGGUGCGCAAACAGCGGCUCGACCCCAAGCACAAGUACAGGCGGAGGCACCAACAGGAGCACAAGCACAGACUGUAAAACUGCAACAGAGCACAACACCAAUAGAGGCCGCAAAUCAACCAUCGACUGAUGCAGUCAAAGCAGAAACGGUGCAAAGAAGUAGAAGUCAAGAGCAGUCUGUCAAACCGCUGCUAAUGGCAGCGCAGCAGAAGACGCCUCCGGUUCAGUCAAGCACCUCCAGAGAACCCCAAACAUUAAACCAAAUUGUUGAACCUCAGUCUGCGUCACAUCCGGCUGUACAGAACAAUCCAUGGACGACCCAGUCUCCCUCGCACUCUUCUACACAAACAGAGACCUCAUCUCAGUUUGCACAAGGGAGCGUCACACAGUCUCUUGCACAGUUUUACCUUUCCUCCGGCCAGCAGCAACCCCCCUGGAGUAGUCGAGGUGUUCACACCGCCAACCAGCUCAAAUCAACGAACUCGGUUUGCACCACAUCAUCUGUUUCAUCUCCUCCUCCCGGUUCUGCCUUGGGAAGAGGGGAAAGAGAAGCCACCAUGCAGGAAAAAGAGGGUGCGCCACUGUCAGCGAGGCGGGCAGUUUGGGGCGGUUCAGUAGGAGUCGGCGAGAAGGCUUCUUUGUUGGAGAAACGGGCAGAGUGGACCACUCCACCCGGAACCAAGGGGGUGGAGUUGAAGAAAGCUCAAGCAGAGGAGCAGAUAUCAGGUGAAUCCCCUGCCUCAGUCAAAACCAAGCCCCUAAGUCAAGACAUAAAACCAGAGGGACGACAAGGGGUGAAACUUGCAGUGUCAAGUCCCACCAAAGUUCCAGAAAGACCCCAGGAGGACAAAUGGCUGCGGAAAAAUGUGGCGCCAUCUUCAUCUCCCUCAUCGUCACCUACAAUGCCAUCAGCGUUGCAGUCCAUGACUGACAGCGGCCAGCCAUCCUGGAUGGAACUGGCCAAAAGAAAGUCAAUGGCUUGGAGCGAUAAGUCUAUGGACUGAGAGGAAAGCAGACAGAUGUUGCUGUAGAUACAACAGUGUGACCAGUUGUGUUGUUGAGUCUGUCACAAAGAUGCAGAGGAAGCUCUGUUGAGGCUGUUGCGUUUGUGCGAUGAAUUUCAUUCAGUUGUUAAGUGUUUAUGUUAUAUUGAGAGACAGAGUAUAUAUUUAAAUUGUCCAAGUUUAUUAUCAUCCCUCUCCACCACAAGCACUUCAAGAUAAAUGGUAUUUCUGAGUAAUGUUUUAUGUGAUUCAGCUUGUCACUGCUGUUAAUAAUUAUGAUAAAUAAUUAUAAAUAUUAAAAUUCAUAAUGUUAA